UUGGAAUUACGAAAUAAUUAAAAUGGCCUCGAUUUUAUCAUCACAAUCGUCAUAAAGACAGCGUGUACUUUCCGUCAUAGGAGGAAAAAUUCAUAUCUGUUGUUAAUUAUUGCAUAAUUACAAAAAUAUAUAUAUAGAAAUACAUAUAUAUAAAUUUUUGGAAUAAAUAUCAAGAACUAGUACUGAUAUCUUCAUUCAAAUUAAAUACACAGUGGAAUUUAUUUCUCAUCACGUAAUUAUAAUAAAUUAUUAAAAAUUGUUUAAAAAUAUGGGACGAUAUUUAAUACUCAGUUUGUGUUUUGGGUCACUCGCACUAAUAUACUGUCAAGGUUAUAAGAAUGAAUGUGGGCCUAAUGAGUCACUGGAUCUUUGUGGCCGUUCAUGCGAACCUUCUUGUGAACUAAGCGAUUUUUCUGCUGUAAUUUGUCAACAAUGUACUUAUCAAACAGAAGGUUGUCGUUGCGACGAAGGGUAUUUGAGAUACAACGAAAGGUGUAUUCUACCUAAUGAUUGUCCACCUGAACCUCCAACCAACCCUCCAACCAAUCCUCCAGGCAAUUGUGCCUAUGGCGAGAUUUAUGGGGCAUGUGGAAGAACUUGCGAAGGCAAUUGCAUUAAUCCUUUCGAACCAGAAAUAUGUCCACGCAUCAGAUGUUCAACAGAGAGUUGUAGAUGUGAUUUAGCUGAAGGAAUGGUAAGACAUCCACGAGGAUAUUGUGUUCACAAGAGUCAAUGCUCUAGAUAAUGUUGUUAAAUAGUUUUAAGAUUUCUAACAUUUCUUAAUUGUUAUUAUAAAAUAAAUUAAUAAAGAUUAUUGGAAAAUCCAUUGUGUGAAAUAACUUUCCGGUCUUGGAUAAUAAUAUUAUUGCAGAUAUGUUUGUAU